UKUCAUUGACCUGUGAACAACGAAAUGCCUGGUUCCGCUGUGGCUGGUGGCACAAUGCAAUUCUCCCCAAAAUGACGCACACGUUCAACGAACCAAUGGCGUAGAGGUCAACAUUACACAAGCGGGAGUUAGUCCCUUCUGAUGUAAGAUUUUUUUUUGCAAGACAAAACCAACUUGUGCGCUGCUGCCUCGGUACCGUAACUUGAAUGAAGUUGUCCUACUCUGAUCUCCAAGUUCUCKGUUUCAAAAGGAUUCAAAGUUGCAUAGCCUACUUGUGGAAGACCCUUUUCGAUUCCAACCGAUAUGACAGGCACAGACAACGCAAAAGUCAAGGAGCUCGUUUUAAAGUGCAUGCUUGCACGGGAAAUGGCAUAUUGCCCCUACAGCCGGUUCCCGGUCGGUGCCGCCAUAUUGACAGCAGAUGGCGCUAUAAUUACGGGUUGCAAUGUGGAAAAUGCCUCUUUUGGCCUCACAGUAUGUGCUGAGCGAACAGCAAUACAGAGAGCCAUAGCAGAGGGACACAGGAAAUUCAGUGCUAUCGCUGUUACAUGUGACAUCAAAGAUAGUUUUGUGGGACCUUGUGGAGCUUGUCGGCAGGUGCUCAUUGAGUUUGGAACAGAUUGGGUUGUGUACUUGACUAAGCCAGAUGGAUCAUACAAAGAAACCAGCCUCAAAGAACUGCUCCCUCUAGCUUUCUCGCCAGCCCACCUAGGACAUUAACUGACACAGCCAUGGACAUAGCCAUAGUUAGCCUACACAGUUACA